CAUGGCGUGCUGGGGGCUAUUCCUGCUGUCUGCGGCGGCUGUGUUUUGCUUCUGUCCUGCUGCAACUAAGGGAUGGUACCGAGGACUCACCAGGUGGCCAGGGGCGUGGGGUCCUUUCCCUCAGCACAUCAACACAGGGGCGCCUAGACAAACACACCUUCACUCAUCCUUUUUACGUGCUUCGAAACUUUCCACUCCUCAUUUCACACAUCUCGUCUCUCGUCAUCCAUCUCCUGGCGAUCCUACACCGUCUUUGCCCGCCGGUGUGGUGGAGGCCCUGCCGGGAGUCGUUACGAAAGUGAUGGAGAAGUACGGGCCAGCUCAUGCCUCAGCCCCGGCCCCCGCCCACCCCAGUACAGAACCCCCGGUCAUAUGGUUCCCCCAGCAAGAGGAGGAGUGCCCCGAGGUCUCUGGAGGCGGUGGAUUCAGUCCCUUCGGCCUCCUGGCGCUGCUGGUGGCCGCCGCCAACCUGUUGAAUCUGCUUGCCUCCAACGCUAACAACAAUAAUAACAACAAUAACAACGACAACAACCUCAACAGUAAUCUUCUGCAGGCAGACAACGAGGUGAACAACAACAACAACGCCAAUGUCUACCACGCGAUUGUGACUGGCAUGGGGAAGCGGCGGCGGCGAAGUGCGACGGGGCUGUGCUGGGCGGGGCAAGAAGUGAUCACAGGGGAGGAGGUGGUGGGUGUGGUGGGUGUGGCCAUCCUGAGGAGCUACCUGCAAGCGUUGUUGACGAAGGGGCAGGAGGACUGUGUGGCCCGCAGCGUGUGUCUGGCCCACGCGGAGGCGGCGGAGUGGGGAGGCUUGGCGAGCGUUAUUGCAGCAGGCUUGAGCGAGGCUCACGUGGAGUGGGUGACGCAGGUGUCCUCAGUAGUGUCCAGAGAGACGCUACUUGCUGCCGCGGAGAGGGGACGCCAAGGGGAAUCCUGCGUCCUGCUGUACCCUUGUCCUGCUGGAGUGUGGGCAACCCUGACGCAGCCUCACGCCCUUGUGCACGCCCUUGUCAGUCUUGCGGGACCUGAAGACGAGGAAGUGUCGUGAUUU